AUGGCCCAAUUCCCCAAGGGCAUAGCCACGCACCUCCGGGGCAUCGCUCUCACAGUGCCAUGGCUGCUCUGGCUUCUCGUAGCCGACGUGCUACUUUCUUUCCUGCUACCCUUCAAGUUCCUAUUUCCCGAUGCCGUCUAUAACGCCUCGUCGCGUAUCGCCCUCUCGGUGUGGCUGUGGAUCCAGAGCAUUUUCGAGGUCUUCAACAGCGCCGUCAUCACCGUGUCGGGCGACCGUCUGCCGCCGCACGAGAGCGCUAUUGUGAUCGCCAACCACGUUUCUUGGAGUGAUUUCUAUAUGAUCCAAGCUAUGGCCGUGCAGGCCGGCAUGCUCGGCCGCUGCCGGUGGUUCGCCAAGCAGCAGCUUCGGUUCGUGCCAUUCUUGGGAUGGGGCCUCUGGGCCAUGGGCAUGCCCUUGGUUAGCCGGAACUGGCUCAGGGACAAGGCUGAGCUGGAUCGUGUGUUCCGGGGAAUCACGAAAAGGAAGUGGCCCAUAUGGCUUAUCUCGUUUUCCGAGGCUACGCGCUUUACGCGCAAGAAGUAUCUAGAAUCCGAGCAGUGGUGCGCCAACAACAACAAGCCGCAGCCCCUGCAUUUGCUGUACCCGCGAACCAAAGGGUUCGUCGCUACCGUCCAGCAUCUACGGAAAACGUCGCACAUCAAGGCUGUCUACGACUUUACCAUUGCCUACCAGCAUGGCCGGCAUUGGCAGGGGGCACCCGAAAUGUGGGAUACGCUUUCAAUCCCAAGGUUGAGCGGCCCCGCUCAUAACGUGCCGCAGCAGAUGAGAGGAGAAGGUUAUCGGUUCCAUGUGCAUGCCAGGCGAUUCCCGCUCGAGGAGCUGCCGCACGACGACGAGGGCUUGGCGAAAUGGCUCGAGGCGAGAUGGGUCGAGAAGGGGAAGUGGCUGGACGAGACGAAAGCAUUGUGGGUUGAUGAGGGCAAGACAAUGUGA